AUGCCUAGAAAUACCAAAUUAAAGAAUUAUGAAUAUAAUGAGGAAGAAGAUGGAGAAUUACCGCCACUAGUGACAGGCAAUGAAAAAAACCUCAACGAAAUUCUACAAAAAAUUCAAACAGAUGGAGGUAAAAAUAUUGUUAGCGAAUCUAAAAUAGAAUCUGCUAAUAAGCAACUACCUUCAAGCAACGCCACUAUUGCUAUAUCUGCAAAAGAUAAAGUCAGUAAAGAACAAAACACUGCUGUAAUAAGAUCCGUUAAUAAAAGUAAAAUCCCAGUUACUAUAAUAACAGGCUAUUUAGGUUCAGGCAAAUCCACUCUAUUAAAAAAAAUUACACAGAAAGGCGUUUCUGAUAUGAAAAUAGCAGUUAUAUUAAAUGAAUUUGGCGAUUCUAGUGAUAUAGAAAGAUCCAUGACCAUCUAUGACAGUAAAAAUAAUGCUGACGAAUCUGCAGUUACUGAAUGGUUAGAUUUGGGGAAUGGAUGUUUAUGUUGUUCCGUUAGGGAUGUUGGUGUUAAAGCUAUUGAAAAUUUAGUGAGUAGAGUAGGAAAUGAAAUUGAUUAUGUUUUGUUGGAAACUAGUGGUUUGGCUGAUCCGACACCUAUAGCUAAAAUGUUUUGGUUAGAGGAUGGACUAAUGAGCUCGUUAGAAUUGGAUGGCAUUAUAACCGUUUUGGAUGCAGAACAUAUUUUGAAAACUUUAACAGAACAAGGUAAAACUAUUGCACAUUCCCAAAUAGCAAUGGCUGACACUAUUUUAUUGAACAAGAUUGACAAAUGCGAUAAUAAUGACCGUCUGGAGGAGAUAAUGCAUGUGAUAAAACAAAUUAACAGUGUAUCGCCAAUAUAUCCAAUUACAUAUGGUGAAAUUCAAAAUUUAAAUCAAAUAUUACAUUUAAACUCUUACAAAAAUGGGAUAGGUCCCUUAUUAUCUUCAGAAAGGGAUGGAGAAGCUCAAAAAGCUUCCUCCCCGUGUGACCACAAAAGUUGUAAUCAUUUCGGUGGUCACAGGAAACAAUUAACCUCUACAUUAACUUUUAAAUUUCCAAUCUUGGCAAACAUGAAGGAAUAUAACAAUUUUAUAGAAAUAUUACGAAUCUUACACUGGAAAUGCUUUGGUGUAGAGGACCAUAAUUUUGGAGAUAUAUAUCGUACCAAGGGCUUGAUUCUAUUACAUGAAGCCGGUAAAUCUAGAAAAAGUAUCAAUAAUAUUGAGUUUAAAGUUUUACAAGGUGUUAGAGAUACCUUUGAGCUAAUGGAUGGUUCACCAAUUGAAGGUGCAAAUGGGAGUAAAUUGGUUUUGAUUGGUGAUAAUUUAAAUAGAGUUGAGAUUGAAAAAUUGUUUGCUUCACAUGACAUUGCAUUACUAAAAAAUUGA